GCCCACCAGUAGCGUGAGUUGCUUCCUCAGGUGUCGACUCGGCACGUGGUCUCUCGCCUAGCGCCAGCCGAUCUGGCCAAUAGGAGGCCUUCCAUCGCUAUUGCUUCCUAUUGGCGGAUAGGCUCUUGUCCCCGUGACUCGCAUUUCCAGGCGGACUCAGGCCCUGCCAAUCCCCCCCCCCGACUACCAGGUACUGCCUACGACUAGGUACAAUUGCUGUCUCUCCGUUUGUCUGCGCUGGCGUUGCUGUGGAUUGCUUUGUGGAUGACUGGCUGUCUAGCCUUGUUGGUCCUAUGUCUGCCUGUCAUUGUUUGAGUGACCCGGUCCGCUUAUAGUAGUGGACAAUGCUUGGCCGAAAGCUGCGGUCCAAGACUGGCUGUUGGACGUGUCGAAUACGCAAGGUGAAAUGCGACGAGGAGAAGAUUGAUGUAGCAGGUCAGAAGGGGCCACAAUGCAGACGGUGCGCAACUGCCCGUCUUGCUUGCGAAUGGAAAUGCGGCGCGGUGGCCCACAGCACUGCUAGAGUCUCCAGCAGGAGAAGCCAUCGGACUGAGAGGAGAGUCGCGCUGAACAACCGUCCUACGCUGCAUGUCGGGGCUCCAGCGUCACCGUUGUUGAACCCUACCGGGGAGAUCCAAGCAGGUAACUCGCUUGUUCUUUCUCGUUUCGACCGAGACUGCCUGAGCUAUAUCAAGGAUUCGGUCCUUGUUGUAGCUCUUGGGAAGCACUGGCCUUGGUCUCCCGUUUCGUACGCCUACCAUCGGAUUGCGGUCAAGGAGCCGAUGGUGAUGAGUGUAUUGCUCGCAACUGCGGCCAGCGAAAUCCACCGGUCACGGCUGUACAAUCUUGCCGAGAGCGACGGCUACCAUGCUCUCUUAAACGAGGAUUUGGCGGAUGUCGAAGGCCAGGUGCAUUAUGGCCGGGCUUUAUCCGGCCUACGUGAAGCAUUGAAGCUCGAUGUGAAAUCUCCGGAGAGGCUGGAGACCAUCUUCAUCACCCUGUUUAUGAUGAUCGAUUAUGAACACCGUUUCGGCAGUGGUGCGGCGGCAAUCAGCGUCCAUAUGCGAGGGAUAAUCACCUUAUUGUUCAAUAACAUUGUCCCCUCGCUCGCUCCCGUAUCCAGCCCGAACGAGGCCGAAAUUGCCGACUCGAUUCUGGAAUUGUCACGAUCUACUUUGGAAAUGGUGGACCGCGGGGAUCCAGAGCUGUUUUCCCCAGACAGGAGAUUUGACAGCAGGCUGCGUGACACGGUCGUUCCAGUGCUCCUACUGGUGAUCCUCUAUUUCUGUACCCAAGGGCCUCUGUUUGGCCUUUCGAGGUUCGAAGUCAAUCUUUUCAGACUCUUCUAUCAAGCAGAGUCCACCAGAGCAGACCUUGCUCUGCCUAAGCUAUACAAAUUAUCUCGCCUGUCAUCAGCCCGCUUCUGGGGAGAACAGUAUCCCGCAGCAGCUCGUCUUGAUGACCUCGAAAACUUGGCUGGCCUGACCCUUUACCACAAGGCACAUAUCAUGCAAUUCAAGAUUACAGAUCUAUUUCAAAAAUGCACGAGGUCGAAUGAUUGGUUCUCUCAUCUACCAUGGGAUGGGACGGUCUACAAGCAAUUGAUGGAUGAUUUUCUCGCAAUCUCGGAUGAAUACGACACUCUCUUAUCAUCCGCCCUAGCCGCCUCUUCGUGUGAGAUUGCGGGCGAUGGACGACGCGUAGUAGAAACAAUCUACUGGUCAUCGAUCGCUUUUUACGGCGCUGUCGUAUACUUCUAUCUAUGUUUCAGACACCAGGUCCCUAAUGAGUGGAACCCACCUAGGGGCCUUUCACUGGAGGAGGCAGUCUCCCAUGUCCUGGAGCUAUCUUUAAAGAUGCACAGGAGCCGCCCUCGACUCAUGGUCCGCAUCGCCUGUCCGCUCUUCCUAGCAGGCAUUGCCACGACGGACAAGAUCUAUCAGGACUGGGUCUCUGUGCGACUGAAGGAUCUGCGAGGGUACGGCCAGAAUUUUGCCCGCAUCAGUGCCCGUUUCGAUGAGCUGCUACGAGGGAGUUAUCCCAUUUCCUUUUCGACGAUGCAUCAGCUGAUUGUCUCCCAAGAUAUGGGAGUAAUGAGCGAUCAGCAUGUUGCAUAAAUGCUAACAUACAACACUUUCACUUUUUAUCUCAUUUGCCUUGAGAAGAACCGACAGCUCAACUUCAAUUGGAUUUAUAACUCACAUCUUAUUCUCGUGCUCGCGAAGAGAGACGCGAUUCCGGAAA